AUGGGCAGCGCCGAGGAGGAUUAUAACUUUGUCUUCAAGGUUGUGCUGAUUGGUGAGUCAGGGGUGGGCAAGACAAACCUGCUGUCUCGUUUCACCCGCAACGAGUUCAACCACGACAGCCGCACCACCAUCGGCGUGGAGUUCUCCACGCGCACCAUCCUGGUGGGAGACGCCGCGGUCAAGGCUCAGAUCUGGGACACGGCCGGGCUGGAGCGCUACCGAGCCAUCACCUCCGCGUAUUACCGGGGGGCUGUGGGUGCUCUGGUGGUGUUUGAUAUCACCAAGCACCAGACGUACGACGUGGUGGACCGCUGGCUGAAGGAGCUCUACGACCACGCUGAGGCCAGCAUCGUUGUCAUGCUGGUGGGGAACAAGACCGACCUCGCACAGGCUCGAGAGGUGCCCAUGGAGGAGGCCAAAAUGUUUGCAGACAACAACGGGCUGCUGUUUGUUGAGACCUCGGCGCUGGACUCCACCAAUGUUGAGGAAGCAUUCGAGACCAUCCUGAAGGAAAUCUUCCACAAAGUGCAGAAGCAGAAGCAGAGGAGCAGCCAAAGCAACACGGUGUCACUUGCCAGUGAGAGCCCUGCGAGCACAGCCCCAGCACAGGCGGAGAGGCGCCCGUGCUGCGUGGCCCUCUGA